CCCCCGUUUUUGCAGGUUUUUGCAUGGGCAGAGCCCCGCCGCGGCCAUGGGGCAAAGUGAGUCGGAGCCGCAGGAGGAGGCGGAGGAUGCGUCCCUGAUGGCUGUGCUGCCCAAGCUCUUCGCCGAGGAGCAGCUCCCCACCGGCGCGGUGCUGGGGGCGAUGCUCGGCCUUGGCCUCUUCACCGUCAUCAUCGCCACCGCCAUCGUGGUCCUGGUCCGCCGGUUGCGCCUUAAGAAAAUACCCGCGCAGGGGACACCGAAAUACCGCUUCCGAAAACGGGACAAGAUGCUCUUUUACGGCCGCAAGAUCAUGCGCAAGGUGUCCCAGUCCACCUCGUCCCUGGUGGACACCACCAUUUCCAGCGCCUCACGGCCCCGGAUGAAGAAGAAACUCAAGAUGCUCAACAUCGCCAAAAAGUUCCUGCGCAUCCAGAAGGAGCUGCCCACGCUGCAGCUGAAGGAGCCUCCGCCCUCGGUGCUGGAAGCCGACUUGACCGAAUUCGACGUGGCCAAUUCCCAUCUGCCCUCCGAGGUUCUCUACAUGCUCAAAAAUGUCCGGGUGCUGGGUCACUUCGAGAAGCCGUUGUUCCUGGAGCUUUGCAAGCACAUGGUUUUCCAGCAGUGCCAACAGGGCGACUACGUUUUCCGUCCCGGCCAACCCGACACCAGCAUCUACGUGCUGCAGGACGGCAAGUUGGAGCUGUUCCUCACCGAACCGGACGGGAAGGAGACGGUAAUGAAGGAGGUGUUCCCCGGGGACAGCGUGCACAGCCUGCUCAGCAUCCUCGAUGUCAUCACGGGCCACCAGCGACCAUACCGGACGGUCUGUGCCCGGGCGGCCGAGGACUCCACCGUCCUACGGUUGCCAGUUGAAGCCUUCUCGGCCGUCUUUGAGAAGUACCCCGAGAGCUUGGUGCGGGUGGUGCAGAUCAUCAUGGUGCGCCUGCAACGCGUCACCUUCUUGGCUUUGCACAACUACCUUGGGUUGACGAACGAGCUCUUCAGCCACGUGAGUUCCUGCCAAAAAUGGGGGGCCCAGGCCCCAUUUUGGAUCCUGGUGACGUCCCCGUCCCCUCCCUCCCUCACCACAGGCAUCCAGAAGGGUCCCCGCUCCGACUUCGACAUGGCCUACGAGCGCGGCCGCAUCUCCGUGUCGCUGCAGGAGGACAGCACCGGCGCCUUGGCCGCCUUCUCCCGGUCCAUCUCACAUGAGCCCAAGGAGCGCAAGUCGGUGACGGUGGAGGAGCAACCUUCUGGUGUCUACCACUACAACUACUGCGAGGACGAUUCGUCAACUGGGGACUGUCCCUUCGGGCCCUACCAGGGCCGCCAGACCAGUGCCAUCUUUGAGGCUGCCAAGCGGGAGCUGGUCAAGCUCAUGAAGGUGGAGGACCCUUCUCUCCUCAACAACCGUGUCUUGCUCCAUCAUGCCAAAGCCGGGACGGUCAUUGCCCGUCAAGGGGACCAGGACGUGAGCCUCCACUUCGUGCUGUGGGGCUGCCUCCACGUGUACCAGAGGAUGAUUGACAAGGCAGAGGACGUCUGCCUCUUCUUGACGCAGCCCGGUGAGAUGGUGGGACAGCUGGCCGUGCUUACCGGCGAGCCCCUCAUCUUCACCAUCAAGGCCAACCGCGACUGCACCUUCCUCAAGAUCUCCAAGUCGGAUUUCUACGAGAUCAUGCGGGAGCAGCCCAGCGUGGUGCUGAGCGUCGCCCACACCGUGGCCGCGCGCAUGUCACCCUUCGUGCGUCAGAUGGACUUUGCCAUCGACUGGAUGGCGGUGGAGGCCGGCCGGGCGCUCUACAGGCAGGGUGACAAGUCGGACUGCACCUACAUUGCGCUCAAUGGGCGCCUCCGCUCCGUCAUCCAGAAGGGCAGCGGCAAGAAGGAGCUCAUUGGGGAGUACGGCCGUGGAGACCUCAUUGGCGUGGUGGAAGCCCUCACCCGGCAGCCCCGUGCCACCACGGUCCACGCGGUCCGGGACACGGAACUGGCCAAGCUGCCUGAGGGCACCUUGAACAACAUCAAGCGCAGAUACCCCCAGGUUGUCACCCGCCUCAUCCACCUCCUGAGCCAGAAGAUCUUGGGCAACCUUCAGCAGCUCCGCGGGCCCUUUGCAAGCUCCAGCUUGGGCAUGGCCUCCAGCUCGGAGCCCACCAACCCCACCAGCAACCUGUCGACGGUGGCAGUGCUGCCGGUGUGCGACGAUGUGCCCACGGCUGCCUUCACGCUGGAGCUCAAGCACGCGCUCAACGCCAUCGGUCCCACACUGCUCCUCACCAGUGACAUUAUCCGUGCCCGUCUGGGCUCCUCGGCACUGGACAGCAUCCAGGAGUACCGCCUGUCGGGGUGGCUGGCGCAGCAGGAGGACAUCCACCGCAUCGUCCUGUACCAAACCGACUGUACCCUGACGCCGUGGACCGUGCGCUGCAUCCGCCAAGCCGACUGCAUCCUCAUCGUUGGGUUGGGCGACCAAGAGCCGGCACUGGGAGAGCUGGAGCAGAUGCUGGAGAACACGGCGGUGCGUGCGCUGAAGCAGUUGGUCCUCCUACACCGGGAGGAUGGUCCCAGCCCUUCCCGCACCGUUGAGUGGCUCAACAUGCGCAGCUGGUGCUCGGGCCACCUCCACAUCAAGUGUCCCCGGCGCGUCUUCUCCCGCCGUAGCCCCACCAAACUGCGGGAGAUGUACGAGAAGGUGUUUGAGAAGAGCGCCGACCGGCACAGCGACUUCUCCCGCCUGGCGCGGGUCCUCACCGGCAACACCAUCGCCCUGGUCCUGGGGGGCGGCGGAGCCAGGGGCUGCUCCCACAUCGGGGUGAUCAAGGCAAUGGAGGAGUCGGGGAUCCCCAUCGACAUGGUGGGUGGCACCUCCAUCGGCGCCUUUAUCGGGGCGCUCUACGCCGAGGAGCGCAGCGCCGUCCGCACCAAGCAGCGGGCGCGCGAGUGGGCCAAGUGCAUGAAUUCGGUGUUUGAGACCGUCCUGGACCUCACCUACCCCAUCACCUCCAUGUUUUCGGGCUCAGCCUUCAACGCCAGCAUCAACAAAGUUUUCCAGGACAAACAGAUUGAGGACCUGUGGCUGCCCUACUUCAACGUCACAACCGACAUCACAGCCUCGGCCAUGCGGGUGCACACGGACGGCAGCCUCUGGCGUUACGUCCGAGCCAGUGCGUCUUAUACCCCCUACCUGCCUCCGCUCUGUGACCCCAAGGACAGCCACUGGCUCGUGGACGGCUGCUAUGUUAACAAUGUCCCAGGCUCGCUCUGGCGGUACGUGCGAGCCAGCAUGACCCUUUCUGGGUACCUACCGCCACUCUGCGACCCCAAGGACGGCAACUUACUGAUGGACGGUGGUUACAUCAACAACCUGCCAGCCGACAUCGCCCGCAACAUGGGUGCCAAGACGGUGAUCGCCAUCGACGUGGGCAGCCAGGACGAGACGGACCUGUGCAACUAUGGGGACAGCCUGUCUGGCUGGUGGCUUCUCUGGAAACGGCUCAACCCCUGGGCUGAAAAAGUCAAGGUGCCCGACAUGGCGGAGAUCCAGUCCCGCCUGGCCUACGUGUCGUGCGUGCGGCAGCUGGAGGUGGUGAAGUCCAGCUCGUACUGCGAGUACAUCCGCCCGCCCAUCGACCGCUUCAAGACCAUGGAUUUCGGCAAGUUCGACGAGAUCUACGACGUGGGGUACCAGCAUGGCAAGGUGGUUUUUGACGGCUGGAGCCGGGGCGACAUCAUUGAGAAGAUGGUGAAGGACCGGCGCUCGGCCGACUUCUACGAGAGCAAACGCAUGGACGUGCUCACGUGUCCCAGCGCCGGUUUCACCGACCUGGCAGAGAUCGUGUCCCGCAUCGAGCCCGCCAAGACCUACUUGUCCGAUGGAUAUGCGGACGAGGAGUCUGACUACCUCACCGAGUACGAGGAUGAGGGGCCGGAGCCAGCGCGGGGCGAGGAGGAUGUGUUUGCCCACCCCGAGUGGGCCAGCACUGGCACCUUGGAGGCUGAGGAGGAGAAGACCCCACGGCACCGCCCCAGCCCGGCCCGCGACCCCUCUGCACCCCACACCUGACCCCGAACCCACGGAGCCCGAGCGCCGGCACUACCUCUGCCCCCCCAGGGCUGUCCCCCCCCUGUCCCCCACCCCUGGGCACUGUCCCC